AUGGCAUUUAUCUGGAUUUUAUUAUUAGCCGUGUCCACGUCUGACUGUUUGAGUAUAGGAGUUAAACAAAAUGUGACAAAACGUCAAGUUGAUGGAGACUUUUUUCCAGAUUGGGUGCCUUUUAAGAAUAAGCACGGUGCUGAGCUGGGAGAGUUUAUUGAUGUAGCUAAAUCUAAACCUAAGAAGAGGCUAGCGCUACCUGUGAAUUUCAUAAUGAAAGCUGUUGCGGAAUCUGAAGGAGAUGACUAUUACGAUAAAGGGCAGGGAGGCAGCGAUAGUGACGAUUACUAUGAAAAAAAGGAGUGGUCCGAUCAACAUAGACCUGCUAAUGCUGUUGAUCCAAAAAAACUGAUAAAUCAUACAGAUAUAUCUGAUAUAGACGGCAUUGUUGACAUUAUUACCAAACCCAGAGAUGAUCUUGUUCUUAAAGCGAUUCAACAACGGAUAAAAUUGCCAGGAAAGAAUAGAAAUGAUAAACCCAAGCGUGAAAAUGAAAAAGAAAUUUUACAUAAUAAAGAUUCGGAAGAAUUUGUCAUUGAAGUGAGUGACAAAAAUAGUACAACUGAUAACCCCACUCCGAAAAAUGAAGAUACUAAACAAGAAAAGAUUUUAGAGACCAGUGCAGAAGAAAGUGAGGAAACAGAAGAGGAUGAAGAAAAAGACGAGAAAGAAAAUAAGAACAAGAAAGACGAAAAAGGCGAAAGUGGGGAACAACAAGAAGAAAAUAAUGAUGCAGCGACUAAAAGUGAUGAAAAAGAAGAUUCAGAUGAUGAACAAAGUGCUGUAGAUAAAGCAAAAGAAGACGCAGAAAAAAGUGAAAAACAGCGUGAAAGUGAAGCAAGAAAAGCAAAAAUACUAAGCACAGUUGAUGAAUUAAAAGAACGACAUGCAGAAGAACAACGUUCUAUUUCAGAGAAAAUGAAAGAAGAAGAACAAUUUGAAGAGGAGCUAGAAAGAGAAUUAGAGAGGAGUGGGAAGAAAAGAGAAGACGAAGACAAAUAUGCCCAUCCUGGCUCACGAUGGAAAAAACUUACUCACGACCUAGAUGAUUAUGAAGAUAACGACGCAUCAUUAGAAGAUAAAUAUAAAAUAAGUUCAUUUAAAUCAACUACCACAACGCAACUACCCAGGGAAGCAGGUAAACGAAAGCAUAAGUCAAACAAAUCAGCAGCGAAUGGAAAGCUUUCUGUGUUUAGAAACCCGAAUUUGUAUACCGUAAAUGAUGAAGAAGAUUAUUCAACAACUACACCAAAAUCAAAAAAGGUUAAGUCGCGUAGACCUGAAAAGUUCUCCUCGAAAUAUACAGCUCAAGACAGCGCAGAGGACGAAAAUAUACGUAUAUCACUAGUGCCUUUAGAUGAUUCAAAAGAAGGAGAACCCACUCUGUUCUUUCCGAAAAAGAGAAGUGGUAAGCGUAGACUUAAGGUGAAAACAACUACACCCACACCAGAUACUACGGCUGAUUCAAGUGAAGAAAAAACUGAUUUAAUAAAAGAACCACCAAUAACUGAUUCUUAUGCCGAGACCAGUCCGAGUGCACCGGAUGCAUAUUCUUCUGCAUCAAAUACAGCUACAGCUGAAACAGGUCCAGAAGAUACGGCUCCAUCUGCUUCUGAUGUCACCGACACCGCUCCGUCUGCUUCUGAUGUAACAGACGCCGCUCAAGCUUCUACAGAUAAGAAAGAAGAGAAAAAGAGCGAUGACUAUCAUCGGGAAUCAGGUGGUGAGAAAGAACAUUUCAAGGAACACGAUGAAACCCACGAGGAGCACGGGAAGAAGGCGUAUGAGGGAGUGCACAAAGACGCCAAGACAAACAAAGGUCACCAUGACAAGGAGAACCAUCUAGACAAGUACGACGACCACGGUGGUAUCGACAAGCACCACCACAAGGAGGAUAAACAUUACGGCUCCCACCACCACGAGGAACAUGGGAAGAAGCAUGCGAAGUAUGAAGAAUCCGGAAAGCAUUCAAAAGGACAUAGCACAAAAGGAAGCCACGAUAUCCAUAAGAAAGAGGAAUAUGAAAAGAAGGUAGAAUUCUUCGAAGAGGAAGGCGAUUCAGAUGACGAAGAGAACGAAGGAGGCUAUCACAGGGAGAAAGAACACUCAUCGGGCGGACAUUUCAAGAAGGGCGAGCUUGACGCCGGGUACAAAGGGCACUCACAGGGCGAGAAAGGAGAGUUCGCCAAGGGCGGACACGGUAAUUUCCACAAGGGUCACAAAACGUCAGGCGGUCACGAUUCACACGUGAAAUACGGCAAAAGUCACCACAAGGCAGAAGGUCACGACAGCGGUAAGAAGUGGGUCUACCACCACGGCUAUCCCGCCAAGAAUGCCAACUUGGUCAUUAUUGACAGGCGGGCUGAUGCCUACCAACAUGGCCCCCGAUACUUUGGAUAG